AUGGCCGAAUUUCGUGCGGAACGACCGAUAUGUGACCUCCCCAAGACCUUCCAAGAUGCUAUCGUUAUUGCUCGAAAGCUGUCCGUUCGAUAUUUAUGGAUCGACGCCCUUUGCAUCAUUCAAGACUCGAUGGAGGAUGUGCAACGUCAGAUACCGUUGAUGGAACGUAUUUACAGUCAGUCUGCAGUUAACAUAGCUGCAUCAGCAUCCGCGGAUCCUCAUGGCGGUCUCUUCAGAGCCAGAGAACCUGCUGCGGUUAUACCAGGUCUGGUAAGCCCCCAACUCCAUUCUGGGGUCUCGGAGAACGAGAAGUACUACAUAUUUGAUCGUAAGUACUGGGAUCGCCAAAUUUCGAAUGGUCCUCUCCACAGACGAGGAUGGGUUUUUCAAGAACGCCUAUUAGCACCCCGCGUCAUAUACUUUAGCAAACAACAAGUCUUCUGGGAAUGUUUCACAGAGAACAAGUGCGAGGCUUUCCCGUAUGGAAUACCCAAGCAUCACUCCAUCAAAAGGCUCGAGCCUCUUUGGGAGAUGGUGGCACUGAAUCGGGGGAAAACACCGCUGGAUCGCCAAGACAUGCCCGGCCCGUUGCUUGACUUGUGGGGCCGCCUCGUUCGAGAAUACUCAAACUGCGUGUUGACCAACUCGAAUGACAAACUUGCAGCGCUUCUCGGUAUUGUCGGCCUCUUUGCUACGACCACCGGUGACCAAUAUCUGGCAGGGAUGUGGAGAUCAAGUCUUCUUGAACAGUUAUGUUGGUGGGUGGAUCAACCAGGUAUUAAAGGCACGACGACGACGACAGGAACCUACUGUGCUCCAUCAUGGUCCUGGGCCUCUUUGAGCAGCCCAAACUCGACGCCUCGACUCAACAACUCAGAAACCCCACACACAGUUUUCAACUGCAUCUACUAG